CGGCGGAGCAGGAGCAGGAGCAGGAGCAGGAGCAGGAGCAGGAGCAGGAGCAGGAGGAGGCGCGCGGGGAGAUGCCGCUGCCGCCGGCUCGGGGCGACCGCGCGGAGCCCGCGCCGUCCAGGGCCCCCAAGAAGCCCACCGCCUUCCGCAUCUGGCGCUCCAGGAGGAAGCAGCGGCCUCCGCCGCCCGCCUGCGGGGUGUUCGUCCCGCACCCGCCGCCCGCGCCCCCCUGCGCGCCCAGAGCUUUGGAGGUAGUGGUUGGAGAUCAUGUGGCUCCAGAUUGCCAGACAUUUGCACUGCAUCGUGAGGAAUCCCAGCUCCUUGACACUACCAGUGCGAUACCUGGCCCUUUUCCUAUGGAACCUGGAAUGUUUAAAAAGUCCAGGGCGCAACCACCCGAGGAAAACAGACGCAAGCCGGUGUUGGGGAAGCUCGGCCACCUGUUCGCGGCAGGCAGGAGGAGGUCCGGCAGAAGCGGGGCGGAGAGCCCCACCAGCUCCCACGCCAAACCCGCGUCCCCCAAGGAUGGCACCUCUUCCAAACUCCCGGAAAGAGAGAGUGACAAGAGCAAACCUCAGGGCAGCCAACCGAAGCGAAGGGCCCCGGGCGAGGAGGGGCCCCCGCAGGAGAAGCCGCCGGCGCGGGAGCCCGGGGGGCCCUCGGACACCUGCGUGCGCGCAGCGCCCCCCGACGCCGGGCGGGCCCCGUGCGCCAGCGGACGCGGGGUGGCGGGGCCGCGGGGCGCGGGGCGGGAUUCACCCCAAUUAGAGCCUCGGGAGGCGGGGGGAGGGCCCCUCCCCCUCCCGGGGGCCGCCAAGCAGCUGCCCUCCCCGCUCGAGAGUCCCUCCGGGCAGGGGCGCGCGGAGGCGCGGGCGGGCGGUCCCGGGGAGGGCGCCCCCCGCGGCGCUGGCGGCGAGCAGGAGGCCGUCCCGGGCGCCGGGGCUGCGGCGGGGGCGCCCCCCGGGGGUGCGGAGGCGGCGGCGGGCGGCGGAGCGGGGCCCCUGCGCGGCCCCGGAGAGCGCGCGCGGCCCGCGGUGCUGACCCUGGUCGUCUCCCCGGGCGCGGGCGAGGGCGAGGGCGCGGGCGCGGGCGAGGGCGAGGGCGCGGGCGCGGGCGAGGGCGCGGCCCCCGGGCCGGAGGACUGCGGCGACCCCGACGACAUGGAGAGGAGGUCGUGCGGCCGCCGGGCCGGCAGGCGGCGGAGGCCGCAGAGGUCCGCCGAGUCCCCGGGGCCCGACGCGGCGCCGCCCGACAGCGCGGGCGGGGACGGCCCGGGGAGCGGCUGCGAGCGGGCGCCCGACGCGGCGGGGAGCGGGGACUCCCCGGCGGCCCCCGACCCGGGCGCUGCGGCGGCGGCGGCGGCGGCGGCGGGCGCGGAGGCCAAGGCCGGCCCCGGGGGCAGGGGGCAGCCCGGCGGGGAGGCGGAGCGCGGCCCGGCGCCCCCCCCGUCCCCCCCGCCGCCGCCCGCCGCGUCCCCGGCCAAGAGGAGGGGCCGGAGCCGAGGCCCCGAGGCCGCGCCCGCCGGGGAGCCCCCCGAGGACCGCGCGGACGGGGCGGCCCGGGUCGUGCCCCGCGAGCUCCCGGUCAAGAGCGCCUCGCUGCUGCCGGAGAUCAGGCCCGAGCACAAGAGGGGCCUGGCCCCGGGCCUCCCCGACGGCCGGGGCGAGGGCAGCCGAGGCCGAGAGCCGGGCCGGGCGGCCGCUGCCCCCGACGCCGACGGAGGGAAGCCCAGGAACCAUCUCGGCGCCGGCAGGUCCACGGUGACCACGAAGGUGACCCUCCCGGCCAAGCCCAAACAUGUGGAACUAAAUCUUAAAACUCCUAAGAAUCCUGACAGUUCGGGAAACGAGCAUAAUCCAUUUAGCCAGCCGGUUCAUAAAGGAAACACUGCCAACAAAAUCUCCUUAUUUGAAAACAAAAGGGCCAACAGUAGUAGCCCAAGACAUGCUGAUGUUCGAAGUACGAGGAACCCUCCUGCCUCCUGUAAUAAAACGUUUGUUGGGAGGGCGAAGCUGAAUUUAGCCAAGAAAGCCAAAGAGAUGGAGCAAUCUGAAAAGAAAGUAAUGCCAAACAGUCACCAGAAUGGUAUGCUGGCAAAGGAAACCUCGACGGAAUCCAGAGUUACUGAGGAGGAGAUCCCCCCAGCAGCCGGCAGCCCCAGUGCCGGGGGAUCGGGGGGCCAGCCUCCCCAAGGCCAAGCUCUUGGCCCUCCACCUCACCCCAGUGCUAGAGCAGAAGAGCACACAGACGCCGGCUGCCCUCCCGAAGCAGUGGUCGCAGCUCUGAAUCCUGUCGAGGACCAUGAGGCCUCAGGAGAGGAUGACUCAAAGGCCGCGGGGAGCAAAAGACUUGCACUUGAAAAUAUGACUGAUCCGGCACAGGCCGUUCCCGCCAUUCUUGAUACCAAAGAGCCCCCCCCACCGGCCGCACCAAAGCCACAGGAUACGUUAUCUGACUCACAGCCCCCAGCUGAGUCAUCUAACGGGCCUUCUCCCUCCCAGCCUGCACCCAAAGGCGCAUGUGUUCGGGCUCCCAUAAGCGGUCUCCCACGAACUGAUCUAAAAGCGUCAGAAAACCAUAACGGCUGUGUUCUGCCCCCGUCACCUAAGAACGGUGGGACAGUGCAGCCCUCCAAGCUUGAAGGAGGAGGAGGGGCAGCAGCGAGGCCUCCUCCGUCCGCAGAGCACGGCCCGGAGGCCGUGGGGCCCGAGUGCCCAUCCACGGUCCUUGUCCACGUCCGGUCUUUCAUGCUCCCCGUGGAGAGCACCCACGAUGCAGGCGCCCAGGUCAUCUCCGAGGGCCCCGAAGUCAGAGGAGCCCAGCUGCCAAGUUGUCAGAACGAUCCACUCGAAGUGGUUUCUGUCGCAAGCUGUGCUCCCCCGAAAGAGGAAGGCCCGGGCCGCGAGGGCACGGCGCCCAAACCCGGCCAUCGCAGCGAGGAAACCGCAGCCGAACCUGGCCCCCAAGUCACGCUUGCAGAAUCCGGGGAGCACCUGCGACCUGCGACCCUGCAGGGCGACCCCAGCGCGGGCGGCCCCCCGGGCGGCGCUCCAGGGCCCCACGCGAGUGCGGCGAGCGGCCCGGACAGCCCUGCCAGCCUCGGGAGCGGCCCCGCGGGGGGCGACGACAGCCUGCUGGACUCUUCUUCCGACAUGGAGAAGUUCACUGAAAUCAUCAAAAACAUGGACAGCACAGCCUGUGUGCCCCAGAAGAAGAAGAAGGCCAGGGUGCCCAGCUGCCCCGCCCCUCCCUUUGUCAUGCCGCCCAUCCACGAGGACCACCUGGAAAAGGUGUUAGAUCCCAACGUGUUCACCUGUGGCUUGGGGAAGAAAAAGGACAGCCCCCCAGAAAUGUCACCGGCCCUGCACUUGAUGCAGAGUCUUUACACAAAAUCCAACCUGAGGAGCAAACGCAUGUCCACGGAGCAGAGCGUCCCCUUCGGGUCGUCGGUCCCGGCCCCGGACGGGAAGGCUGAGCCUCCCACGGGCCCCGAGACCGAGGACAAAGAGAACAGAGAUGUCCCAAGCGGCGGCGUGAAGAGAUCGAGGCUGGAGAAAAGCGCGCUCUUCUCCAGCAUGUUGCCCUCAGCACAAGACAGAGUCUUUUCUCCGUCGGUGACGUCGGUGAGCACCAUGAGCACGUGCUUCGGCGCUGCCCGGAGCAGCGGUUCUCUUGCUCGGCCUCCGAGGCCCGGGGCAGAGGGCGCCCCGCCCUGCCGGGCAGACCAGGAGCGGCCCAGCCUCCCACCCGGCAGCCUCAGGGUCUUCGGUUUCGACGCGACAAAUGCAUCCCUCUCGGGUCUGAAAAGUCCAGGCUACAUGGAGAAAUACCUGCCCAGGGAGGAGACCAAAGAAGAUCCGGGGUCGCAGAGCAACGGACACCUGCCCGAAGCCAAACUGUCCGAGUUUCCUAAACCGAAGACCGGCAACGAUCGCGCCGAGAGCGUCCUGAAGUCGAGCCUGCCCAACCCCGGACACAGCGACGCGGACUUCAUGGGUCUCUUCAAAUCCAGCCGGUUCGACCCAAACGUGUCUUUUUCUGCAAUGUCAUUAUCAGAUGCAACCAUGCUUAGAGGAAGUCUUACAAAUAAAAUCAAUCCCCGACCCGGAAAGGUAGUGAUCUACAGGGACCCGGAUGUCUCUGAGGAGUGCAUUGAAAUUUUCAGUGACAUUGAGGAUUGCAGCUCUUGGAGCCUCUCUCCGGUGGUAAUCAUCAAGGUCGUCAGAGGAUGUUGGAUUUUGUAUGAGAAACCAAAUUUUGAAGGGCACUCCAUCCCCUUAGAAGAAGGAGAAUUGGAACUCUCUGGUCUCUGGGGUAUAGAAGAUAUUUUGGAAGGAAACGAGGAAGCAGAGUCCACUAAGCCUGUGGUGAUUGGUUCAAUCAGACAUGUGGUCCAGGAUUACAGAGUUAGUCAGAUUGACUUAUUUACAGAACCAGAAGGGUUAGGACUCCUAAAUUCUUACUUUGAUGACACUGAAGAGAUGCAAGGGUUUGGUAUAAUGCAGAAGACUUGUUCCAUUAAAGUACAUUGGGGCACGUGGCUGAUUUAUGAAGAACCUGGAUUUCAGGGUGUGCCUUUUGUCCUGGAACCUGGUGAAUACCCCGACUUAUCCUUCUGGGAUACAGAAGAGGCGUAUAUUGGGUCCAUGCGGCCUCUGAAAAUGGGUGGACGUAAAGUCGAAUUCCCUACAGAUCCAAAGGUAGUUAUUUAUGAAAAGCCUUUCUUUGAAGGAAAAUGUAUGGAACUAGAAACAGAAAUGUGUAGUUUUAUCACGGAAGCAGGUGAAACAGAGGAAACGACAGAUGACAGUUCGCCAUUUACGUCUGUGGGCUCAAUGAAAGUUCUGAGAGGAAUUUGGGUUGCUUAUGAGAAGCCUGGAUUUACAGGUCAUCAGUAUUUGCUUGAAGAAGGGGAGUACAAGGACUGGAAAGAUUGGGGAGGUUACAAUGGAGAACUUCAGUCUUUACGACCUAUAUUAGGUGAUUUUUCAAAUGCUCACAUGAUAAUGUACAGUGAAAAAAACUUUGGAUCCAAAGGUUCCAGUAUUGAUGUGUUAGGAAUUGUUGCUAACUUAAAGGAGACCGGAUAUGGAUUGAAGACACAGUCUAUUAAUGUACUGAGUGGAGUGUGGGUAGCCUAUGAGAAUCCUGACUUCACGGGAGAACAAUACAUACUGGAUAAAGGCUUCUAUACCAGUUUUGAGGACUGGGGAGGCAAAAAUUGUAAGAUCUCUUCUGUUCAACCCAUAUGUUUGGAUUCUUUCACUGGUCCAAGGAGACGAAAUCAGAUUCAGUUGUUUUCAGAACCACAGUUUCAAGGUCGCAGUCAAGGUUUUGAAGAAACAACAAGUCAAAUUGAUGAUUCGUUCUCUACCAAGUCUUGCAGAGUUUUAGGAGGGAGCUGGGUUGCGUAUGAUGGAGAAAAUUUCUCUGGUAAUCAGUACGUGUUGGAAGAAGGCCACUAUCCUUGUCUCUCUGCAAUGGGAUGCCUGCCUGGAGCAACUUUCAAGUCUCUUCGUUUUAUAGAUGCUGAAUUUUCUGAACCAACAAUUAUUCUUUUUGAAAGAGAAGACUUCAAAGGAAAGAAGAUUGAACUUAAUGCAGAAGUAGUUAAUCUCCGAUCCCUAGGAUUCAACACACAGAUACGCUCUGUUCAGGUGAUUGGUGGCAUAUGGGUUACUUAUGAAUACGGCAAUUACAGGGGUCGACAGUUCCUACUGUCACCAGCGGAAGUCCCGAAUUGGUACAAGUUCAGUGGUUGCCGCCAGAUAGGUUCUCUACGACCUUUUGUUCAGAAACGAAUUUAUUUCAGACUUCGAAACAAAGCAACAGGCUUAUUCAUGUCCACCAAUGGAAACUUAGAGGAUCUGAAGCUCCUUAGAAUACAGGUCAUGGAGGAUGUCGGUGCUGAUGAUCAGAUUUGGAUUUAUCAAGAAGGAUGCAUCAAAUGCAGGAUAGCGGAAGACUGCUGCCUCACGAUCGUGGGGAGCCUCGUGACCUCUGGCUCUAAACUGGGCCUAGCCCUCGACCAGAAUGCCGACAGUCAGUUCUGGAGCAUGAAGUCGGAUGGCAGGAUCUACAGCAAGCUGAAACCAAAUUUAGUUUUAGAUGUCAAAGGAGGUACGCACUAUGACCAAAAUCACAUUAUCCUCAACACUGUGAGCAACGAGAAGCUAACACAAGUGUGGGAAGCCAUGGUCCUGUAGACCUGACUGAAGAACGCAGGAGUACUUGUGCACUUAUGGAGGUCUUCCAGCUGCUUCACACACACACACAACUGACAGAGAGCAAGACGAAAGCGGGCCCGCUGCUCCUUCAGAAACUCUAAAUCCUCCCCUGAGUGACACUGCCAUGACCAGGACUACCGUCUCAUCUUUUUUCAAAAGACUGUAAUAGCUUUAAACCAACAGUUUGUCCUUCUUUCAUUUCCUGCCUUUCGUUCGUUUCCUUCAGUAGCUGCUUAACAGGUUGCCUCAUUAGCAGCUUUUGGGUGUUUUUAAAAAAAUGUUAUAUCAGGACUAUGUACAUUUUAAAUUAUUUCCAAAGAUAGCGACAGCAGAGACUAGGAAUAGACUUUGGACAGGAUUUGUGGGCCCACCAAUCUUACACUUUAGAGGGAAGAAUAAAAGCUCAAGUCUGCAAGGCAGGAGACUGGUUAGCAUCUGAGAAGAAAUAACAGUAAUUUUGGUCCUUCUGUUUUCUGGAAUUAUUAAUUAUGCUAUAGAGCAAAAUGGGGAAAGGCUUCUAGAAUCAAUUUUAAGAAACUAAAUAAACACAAUACUAUUUUC